AUGCUUCGAUUCUGGCCACCGUUGCGAGUUCCUUCACCAGUCAGCCAGCAUCUCCGGAUUCCUUUUUCUUCUCGGCGACGACUGUUCAAUGUGGGAAGCAAACCCAGCACGCUGUCACCGCAUUCCUUGCCUGAUGGAGGUUCGGGAAAACCGGUUCCACCGCAUGAUCCUUAUACGUACACCAGUGGGAGAUGGCUUCAUCGGGACGAGCUGGAACGAAAAUCUCGCCAGAUUGUGUUUGACUUCUCGGCGCUUCGCGAUAGGGCUAUCAGCCUGUGUCCAGGAGCAACCAAGAUGGUCGAAUGCGAGAAGAGAGAAGGUGGAUUUAACAGAGUCUUUCUUUUCACGAUGGACACAGGUCCUUGUGUUGUGGCGAGAUUACCGACCGGUAUUGCUGGCCCGCCAAGGUUAACCACCAACUCUGAAGUCGCAACAAUGACAUACUUACAGUCCAAGAUCUCGGUUCCAAUACCGAAAAUCCUAGACUGGAGCGACGAUCCGUCAAAUCCAAUCGGCGCAGAAUAUAUCUUCCAGGAGCAUGUUGCUGGUGUUCAGCUGCACCAGAUGUGGCCCAAAAUGGACUCGGAACAACAUAUGCUGUGUACUAAGAUGCUUGCAUUAGCGAUGAGAGAUAUGGCAUCCUUGGACUUUCCGGCCUAUGGCAGCCUAUACUUCUCAGAUGCGCCGCUUGAGUCGCACAUGAAGAUUCCCUUCGACCAGGGCUUCUGUGUUGGUCCACAUUGCAAUCCAGUUUUCUGGAACAGGAAUCCGGGGGAACUUGGACUCUACGGUGGUCCGAGUCCCAAUUGCGGUCCUUGUUUGAUAGAGACCGGUUUCUCUCGUUUACCAAAAGAAGAUGCUGGCAAUCGCGACCUUCUUCCUCAUCAAGGCUCAAUUGGAGAUCAUAUCAAUCUCUUGAAAAUAAGCCAAGAAGUGAUGCAGAAAUUGGUCAAAGAUAAGCGCAUCCAGGAUGCCGCUACUCCAGCUCUGAUCCACCCUGAUUUUCACAAAAGAAAUAUUUAUGUCUCAGCCGAGGUUACAACUGUUAUUACGGGCGUGCUCGAUUGGCAAUCAGCGAGCAUUGAGCCUGCGUUCAUCUAUGCCAAUGAGACUCCUGAUUUUGCUGCACUCCCUCAGGAGGCAGAUGGAAACAUAUUCGAGAACGGCCAAGAGGAACACAAAGAUCCUGCCCGAAAGGAACGAGAAUGCAAAGAUGCGUUGAUCUGUUACCAGACAUACGAUGUGUGCAUGAAGGGGCUUGCUCCUAAACUACGUCCUGCAAGGUUACUCGAUCCGAGCUUGUUUCGAGUCUUCCACUACUGCCAUACGACAUGGAGAGACAGUGCCACGGCGCUCCGCCAAGAAUUGAUUGAGCUUUCAGCUCGCUGGACAGAAUUGGGACUGCAGGACGCUUGUCCAUUUUCUCCAAAUGAAGAAGAAUUGAAGAAGCACGCGCGAGAUUAUGAAGACUUUGAGACUGUCCAAAAACUUAAACUGUGGCUAAGAAACUCACUCCAUACGAAUUCUGAUGGCUGGGUUCCGAAUGACGUAUGGAACGCUGCGAAAGAUGCUCAUCGCGCGGCGUACGACGAAUGGAUGCAGACGGCCAGAGAAUCAGAGGCUCGUGGCGAGGGCCUGACAGUAGCAAAAGCGGAUAAAUUGUGGCCAUUUGAUGCUAGAUAA